CAAAGCACCCAAGAACCCUUUCUAUAGACCAACCUACCUCAUACUUCCUAGCUAUAGACCCUUUCACCUCUCGGCCAGCAUGUCAAACCCCACCUUUUACACAAACAGUGCUCCUCAUUCUAUCCCACCACGGCAGCAGCAGCAGGAGCAUCAGUUCAAGUUGUACAUGUCCCAGAUCGUCGAAGGUACAUCCGGCACUAACCAACUCGUUGUAGCGAACAAUGGUCGAUCCGACUAUUUUGGAAUCACAGUUGCUAUGGACUGGGUCAUACGUGAUGAUCUUGGCCCCAAGGCAAACAUUGUUGCGCAUGCGAAAGGUCUGCAUGUGGGGGCCGGUACACCGGACUGGUUCACUAGUUUCACCAUAAAGUUCACGCAUGCGAGGUUUAAGGAUUCUACGCUUAUGGUGCAAGGGAUUUUCGGAAACUCUAACAUUGAUGUCAAAGGUGAAUGGGCAAUCGUUGGAGGAACCGGACAGUUCGCCUAUGCCCAAGGUGUUGUCCUCUACAAACAACUGUCUGGUUUAAACGGAAUUGUUAUCAGGGAACUUGAAAUGCAUGUUUUGUGUCCCAUCUUCCCAAAACCGAGUCCUGUCAUUAAGGAAGGUCCGUGGGGUGGGAAUGGUGGGACAGCUUAUGAACUCCCAGGGUGGGAGCUACCUCAUCGUCUCCAAACCGUGACCGUUCAUGGUGAGGGCGUCAUCGAUUCAAUUGCAUUUACAUACGUGGAUGAAGCUGGUACAAAGCGGAGUGUUGGUCCUUUUGGUGGUGAUGGUGGGGUUAAGAACCGGCCGAUAAUUCUUGGUCCUUCUGAGACUCUGAGGGAAAUUUAUGGAACAACCGGUGACUAUGGAGGAUACACUGAAGUUGUGACAUCGCUCACAGUUAUUACAAGCUCUAAUUCCGUACGGACCUAUGGAACUCAGUCCAAUGGUAAAAAGACUUUCCGCAUCGCCAAGGACAACCACAACAUUGUGGGCUUCUAUGGAAGAGCUGGAGGAUUUGUUGACCAGAUUGGAGCUUAUCUGCGCCCAAAGUAGACAAUAUCUUCCUUUUUGGGCAUUCUUCGUGUUUCUUAGUUGGUGACGAAAUGCUGGCUCCUUGGGCAGGAUAAAUAAAGUUAUUUGGAUGUCUUAUAGUUCCUUAGUC